AAAAAUCGCGAAACUAGUGAACAUCGAACAAUACAAAAGAAAUCACUCAAACGGAACAUAUUUGAAAAUUGUGCAAAAAAAUAUAAAAUCAUAACAAAAAAGAAAAUUCUAAAAAACGCAAAUUAAUCGUGUGGAAAUAGCGAAUGAAAUUUAGUGUUGCUUGUAUUGUAGAACUUACGAAAAAGGAGAGAAUUUAAAUAAUUUCUAAAAUAUGGCCUUAGUACCCUCAAAUACCAGCAAUACCGAUUGGGACUAUUGGGAUUAUCGCAGACGUUUAUGGCGUGAUUGGGAUCUAAUCGAUUGGGAUUUACCAUAUUACAAACGUAGCUUAUCACGUGUCGGUUCGGCACCGGAUCUAAGUCGUGUUGUGGUGGGCAAAGAUGGUUUUGAAGCCAACAUAGAUGUGGCGCCCUUUAAGCCCUAUGAAAUAACAGUUAAAACUUCAGCUGAUACAAUUAUAGUGGAAGCCAAACAUGAGAAACGCCGUGAUGGUGAUAGUUUUGUGGGUCGUCAUAUAGUCAAGAGAUUUAUUUUACCUCGUGGUUAUUAUCCCAAUGAUGUUCGUGCUGAAUUAUCCUCCGAUGGCAUUUUAAUUGUUAGAUGUCCACCCUGUUCCACCGCUGAACGUAGUGUAUAUGUGAGACAAAUGGGUCUGCCCUAUUUGAGUUUAAAACAUUAAAAAAAAUUAUCUUAAGUUUAAUAUUCACUUUCUUACUAAAAGACUAUAUUGCCCGCUAAAA